GAACUCUGACAAGUGUGAAGUGACAUACAGUCAACAUGUUUGAUGUUCGUCAAUUUUUAUUACAUACUUACAUUCUGUAAUUACAUUGUGUUUAGAAUUUUAAUAUUAAUUUAUAUAUGUUAUAAUAAGGAAUAAUAUUUUACAUAUUUAGUACUAUAAACAUUUUCUUAUACUUCAAAUUUGCGGAAAUGGCGGAAAAACAGUAUGGUUUAAUACUCAAAGACAAAACCAAGGGACAACUAUCUUUCCAAUCUUCUCGAAAUGUGUUUGGGUCAGAUUCAGACUCAGGUGAUGAGAAACAAAAAGCCCCAUUGUCAUUGAAGCCAAGCAGUAAUAUUAAUAGACAGGCAAAAAUAACUCAAGAAAAAGCCCUAGGAGAAGAUCCAACGGUAUACCAAUAUGAUGAAAUUUAUGAUUCCAUGAUUAAAGAAAAGGAAGCUAAAAAGAGAAAACAACUGGAUAAGAAACCCAAAUAUAUAGAGAACUUAAUAAAAUCCUCAAACAAAAGAAAAUUAGAAAACGAACGAAGGAUUGAACGUCAGAUACAAAAAGAAAGAGAAAAGGAAGGUGAGGAAUUUGCUGACAAAGAAGUGUUUGUGACAUCAGCCUACAAAAAGAAACUUGAAGAAAUGAGAAUAGAAGAAGAGAAAGAAAAAUAUGAAGAAUAUUUAGAGUCCAUAGGGGAUGUAACAAAACAACAAGAUUUAGGUGGAUUUUAUAGACAUUUAUAUGAACAAAAAUUGGGUUCUAAAAAGUCAGUAGAAACUGAUAAAAAGAAUGAUCCACUGAAAGAGGGAAGCCCUGAGCCAAAACAUACAGAAUUUACGAAGACCAGAAGUAAAGAUGACAGAAAAGGUAAAGAAAGCAAACAAAGAAACUAUAGAAAAAGGAAAGCCUCACAUGAGAAAUUGUCUGAAGGUGAGAUUGAAGAUUCUGAGGGAGAAAUAAACCACUGUAACCUCGACGACAUCAGAACAUUGAAGAAAUCAAAACAAGAUUCUGAAAAUAUUGAUGCAGAUUCAGACUUCUCAAUCGAUGAUUCCAGCGAUGAGGAAAGUAAUAAAGAAAUUCCACUACCUCAACAAGCAGAAGUUGAAAAAUCAGAAAAUGAUUCUAAAAAGCUAGAUGAAAACAAAACACCUCCAAUAAAUAACGAAAAACCUAAAACAGAAAUCGAUAAACCCAAAGAAAAAAUAGACAUAUGGAAAAAGAGAACCGUCGGGGAAGUCUUUGAACAGGCAUUGAAGAGAUAUUAUGAAAGAAAAGCUGCAAGGGGAGCUCAUUAAAUUAAUAGAAAUGUAAAUAUUGCUUUAAAGAAAUACUUUUACUUAUACAAUAUAUUAAGAUUAUAAUUAAUAAUAAUAAAAAACCUACUAAAAAUAAGAAAAAACACGAAAUCUGUCUCAUUCCAAAUACUGGUGGAUUCAGUUAUGAUGAUAACAUUUGAAAGUUAAGUUAGCUUUUGUUAUUUAUUUAUUAACUGAUUUCAAAAAGGCAGUCGGUAAGCAAGUUGUUUUUUUAUAUAUGGAAUCCAAUUAAACUGACAUUAUGAUCAGAUUUACGCGAUUCUUUACUUUGAAGCGAACUAGUUUCCAUUUGGUCUCAUAAAAAAAUAGCCUGUAAAAUAACUCCGGUAGUUUUUAUUUUAUUAACACUAGUUCUAUUUUAUUUUUUGGUUCUGAAUGAUAAUUAGUAGAAAUAGUGAUAGCGGACACGUCACAAACGCAUUUAUCUCAGUUUCAUUAAUUAAUAUAGUUGUAGCUAAAAACGUGUGUUUUAUAUAAAGUGUAUCCCGUUUUUUAAUUGGUUAAAUUUUCAGCUCAAAGAAACAAAUUAAAAAAUAAAUGAAACCGACUUUAAUAUUGUACAAAAAUAAGUCGCAUAUUUAUAUAUGUUUAGAAAGAAUACAACAACCAAAGAGUUAAAACAAUAACUUCGAUUUUAAAAUGAAUAAUCAUAUUAUAAAGGCCAAAUUUUCUUUCAAAUAUAAAAUUGUUAUGGUGCAGAGUAAUACUCAGAAGAUAAACCUAAAAAUGUAAGAAUAUCCAAAUUACGAAAUGUGAUAAAAAUAUUUUUUAACACAAAUCUUCUAAGAUAUAAUAAAGUAAGCGAAACAAAUUAUCAUUAAUAAAUAUAUUAACUAGUUUUGUUCCAUCAAAGACAAUUGUCUUAAAAAAAAUCUGUAAAAAAAAAAAUAACUCAAAAGUUUAAUUAAAGAAAUCUUAAAUGAAACAGAUAUUAACAUUAUUUAAAAGUUUUAUAUUAAGAUGUCAAGACAUUCUUCAUCAAACCACUACAUGUGCUUUGCAGUGAACUGUAACAAAAGAGAUAUAAUUAUUGUAAUAUCAACUAAACUGAGUCGUGAUAAUCACGUAUAAAUUAUUGGUUGAUAUGUA